CCCAUACUAUCAAGGCUCCUGAUUGGAUCCCCAUAUCUUUCUUUUUGAACGCAAUAGUUGCAUUUCACCACAUCCAAAUAUGACAACAUUCUCAUCCAUUCCCUCUUACAUCCUCGGCGGCGCCUGUGUCAGUCGUGGUAUAAUGGCUCUCUCCUCACCACGAAAAGAGUACGGCCAUGUCGGUCUUCUUCUCGAACCCAGUAAAAUCGACACUGGAGGUGGUUCUGUUUCACCACUCAUGUACUUCAAGGGUCUUCGUGAGAUAUCAUACGGUCUUGCUUUGAUGGCGCUGCAACAUCAGGGCAAUGAGAGCGCCGUGACGACGUUUUCGGCGAUAUUGUCAAUUGUGAGACUUGGUGACGGUUUGGUUGUCUGGAUGAACGGCGGUGACGAGCUGAGAUAUAAAGCUGCUGGCCAUUGGAUUACAGGACUGGGGUUUGUUGGAUGGGUGAUUUGGAGAUGGAGUUACUAGAGUGCCAAGAAUGGAUGAGAAGUUGUAUAGGUCGGCAAGCAUAGACACGUAUUGAAUCAGAAGGUGAGAAAGGGUUCAACGAUUCUAAACAAGGCUCAGCUCACCACUCCUU